AUGUCGCACAGUAACAUGAUAAAUGAGAAGAAAAAGGCAUUAUUAGCUUACAAAGAGAAGAUUCAAGAUGAGAUAAAGUACUACGAGAAGACUAUAGAUGAGUUUCGUGUCAAUUACAAAAAUAACAGUUUUUACGAUGAUUCUGACAGUUCAGAUUCCGAAGAAGAAUUCCCCUUUGCAGUCGACACGGGUCCUUCACUCAGUGAGCUAAAACUGAAACAGGCGUUAUUGAAAACAUGUCUUCAUGCGACACAAGAACUAACCAGUUUGACUGUCCUGCAGUCUGAAGUAGAAUUGCUGGUUGAUGAGCCUAAGAUUGAAGGCGAGUCACCAAUAACGGAGCCUGGUGUAUGGAAGGAGGUGACAGCGGAGUGCAAUAUAGACCUCGUCCCAUUCACCAUAACAUUCUACAUGCAUACUCCUACCUACAAAUUCGCUCCAACUUCAUACCGUGGUCUCCGAGUGGUACCAGUGAAGGGUUCCCACGAGCUGGAGCUGUCCAAGUCUGUGCUGCACAGUUUGAAGCUGCCCAGUGAUGCUGUGGAGGUCCUACGUAGUUACGCUGAUGGGUACCGCUCCAGGCGAACGACACUCGCCCGCUUGGCCAAUAAAUACUCUAACUCACUCUUUAUGGAGCCACAUCCUGAAGGCGGUUUUAUCCUGAAAUGCGCUGGUCUGCUAGAAGUAUCUUGGAGGCUGGAGAACAAAUGGUCGCCUGUCGCACCAUUCCAUCAUAAGAUGAAGUUUGAUCUGGAGUAUAUGGAGGAAUCGUACAUAAAAAUAAUAACACAAGCUCACAAACAACUGCUAGAUCCAUCAAUACAGACGGACGAACGAACUUUAUUACUAGCUAAAAUUAUCGCAACAUGUCUUGAAGCAAGAGGUCCGAUAGUCGACUCCGAUCUUGAAUCUAAAACGACAGAAAGAGAUAACGAUAUGGAAAAACGAGACAGCGAAGUUAUGGCACCACCUAAGUCUUUACCUAAAAAAGGCAAACAGAAAGUCAAAGAUAAUAAUGCUGUUAAAAGGAAUAUAGGUAAUGAAGACAAAGAUUCUUUAGCUAAAAAGAUGAAAAGUGAUAACCAUGUAGAUGAAUCAAAGAAAAUUUCUAUUGAUAAUGCUAAGAAAGCUAAAGUUAGUGAUACAGGUAAUGAAGGAAGUAAGAAGCGUAAAAUAAAUGAUCCUAGUAAAGAUGGUGGUGCUAAAACUGAUGCCGAUGAUCAUCUAAAUGUUGACGAUGGUGGAAAAAAGAGAAAAGUCAAUGAUGAUCAAGCUUUGAAUGCUAAAAAUGGUAAAGAGAGUGUAGGUAAUAAAGAAACUAACUUCAAAACUAAGAUUGUUAAAGACACUGAUGUUAAUAAUGCGAAAAGUAAUGUUAUAGAUACUAAAAAUAUUAAUGUUAAUGUUAAAAAUAAUAAAAACGCGAAAGAUUUAGAAAAAACUGACGCUAAAGCUAAAAAUGUUAAAGAUUCUGCUGCUGACACUAAAAAUACAAAUAGUGCUAAAAAUAAAAAUGUAAAAGAUUCAGUAAAUGUUGAAGAUAAUUUGAAAACUAAAGCUGUCAAGGAAACUGACGGUAGUAAGGCUAAAAAUAAUAAUGAUAAAGCUAAAAACACAAAACUUAAAGAUAAUGAAAAUAAAGUAGUCGAUAAUGCUAAGAAAAAUAGUGUUAAUGAGAAAUCUGAUAGUAAUAAACAAAAAACUACAAAUGUUAAUAUUAAAAAUAAAAACACAAAAGAUUCUGAUAAUAAAGUAGAAAAUCCAAAAAAUAUCGUUAAUGAAGGUAAAGAAGCUAAUACUAAAACGAAAUCUAAAAAUGUCAAUGAAGGCACAGCUGCUAUUGAGAGUAAUCCUAACCCGAAAGCCAAAAAUAACAAAGAAAUUAAAACCACAGAAGAAAAAACUGCAAAUAAAAAAGUUAAAAAUCAAAAUGUCAAAGAUGCAGAUAAUGAUAAACCAAAAAAAGAUAAUGUAACAAAAGCUAAACAGACUAUUAAUGAAGUUGAAGUUAAAAAAAACUUCAAAACUAAAACAGGUUCGAAAACUGACGAAAAACAAGAAAUAAAUAAAAAUUCCGACAAUAUUGACAAGAAAAAACUUAAAAAUGUUACUGACGUUAAGAAUAAAGAGAAUGUCAAUACAAACAGAAACACUGCUAACAAUACUGAAGCUAUAAAUCCAAAAAACGGUGAAAAAAUUACAAAAAACGACAUGAAAACUACGAAAAACGCUGAAAAAUCAUCAAAAACCGACUUAAAAGAUAAGAAUAAUGACGUACAAGAUAAAAAACUAAAAAAUUCUAAUCAAAUCAAAAAUAAUAUACAGAAAACUACAUCUACAGCUGAAAAAAUUAACAAAGGCAUUUCAAAGACCACAGAGAAACCGCACAAAGCUGAAAAAAUUACUUCAAAAACAAAAAUGAACAAUGUCUUAACCGUUACUGAGAAAAAUGCAACAAAUUUCAUUACUAAAGACAGAAUUUCGCAUAUCAAAGAUGUAGUUACCGAAAAAUCUACAAACAAGAUUAUAAAGAAAACUAUUACAGCAACGAAUCCUAUUAAAAAUAAAAGCACUUUUACAAAUAACAAAAUAACAAAACCGCCUUUAGCAUCGCACAGGCAAAGUUUAAAAAAAUCCUUACCUAAUGGCAACACUAUAGUUUCAAAAGCUAGCAACACAGAAGCUGGGAAAAUCUCUAAAAUACCUCAGAAAAAAUUUUCGCCGUUAAGCGAUGGAUCAUCAAAGAAAAAUAAUAUGUUAAGAAUCAGCCCAAGAAUAAAUCCAUUAAAACUCAAGAUGUUACCACAAGAUGUCAAACAAAAGAUGAUGAAAACUACUAAUAUACCAAGAUUUUUGAAGAAACCGGCGCCAAAAGUGUAG